AAGUACGUUAAUCCAUACCUAAAAAUCUCACUAUAAAAUAGUUGGAACCCUAGGUUUUUCAUUUCACUCUUCACUUGUUCUUCUAGCUCUCAGUCUCUCUCUGCGGCUGAGGAUUCCGAACGAGUAGCAACUUUUCAUUUCAUUUCCAGCUCAGUUAAGACAUCAUGGGUAAAGAAAAGGUUCAUAUCAACAUUGUCGUCAUUGGACAUGUCGACUCUGGAAAAUCAACCACAACUGGUCACUUGAUCUACAAGCUAGGAGGUAUUGACAAGCGUGUGAUUGAGAGAUUCGAGAAGGAAGCUGCUGAAAUGAACAAGAGGUCAUUCAAGUAUGCCUGGGUUCUUGACAAACUUAAGGCUGAGCGUGAAAGAGGUAUCACCAUUGAUAUUGCUUUGUGGAAAUUUGAGACCACCAAGUACUACUGCACAGUCAUUGAUGCUCCCGGACAUCGUGAUUUCAUCAAGAACAUGAUUACUGGAACCUCCCAGGCUGAUUGUGCUGUCCUUAUCAUUGACUCCACCACUGGUGGUUUUGAAGCUGGUAUCUCUAAGGAUGGACAGACCCGUGAGCAUGCUCUUCUUGCUUUUACUCUUGGAGUGAAGCAGAUGAUCUGUUGUUGUAACAAGAUGGAUGCCACCACCCCUAAGUACUCCAAGGCUAGGUACGAUGAAAUUGUGAAGGAAGUUUCUUCAUACUUGAAGAAGGUUGGUUACAACCCUGACAAAAUUCCAUUUGUUCCAAUCUCUGGUUUUGAGGGAGACAACAUGAUUGAGAGGUCCACCAACCUUGACUGGUACAAGGGACCAACCCUCCUUGAAGCUCUUGACCAGAUCAACGAGCCCAAGAGACCCUCAGACAAGCCACUCAGGCUUCCAUUGCAAGAUGUUUACAAGAUUGGUGGUAUUGGAACUGUGCCAGUCGGACGUGUUGAAACUGGUGUUGUGAAGCCCGGUAUGGUUGUCACUUUUGGUCCCACUGGUUUGACAACUGAAGUUAAGUCUGUUGAGAUGCACCACGAGGCUCUCACUGAAGCUCUUCCAGGAGACAAUGUUGGAUUCAAUGUUAAGAAUGUUGCAGUCAAGGAUCUUAAGCGUGGUUUUGUUGCAUCCAACUCCAAGGAUGACCCUGCUAAGGAAGCUGCCAACUUCACAUCCCAAGUUAUCAUCAUGAACCACCCUGGACAGAUUGGAAACGGUUAUGCUCCAGUGCUCGAUUGCCACACCUCUCACAUUGCUGUGAAGUUUGCUGAACUUGUCACCAAGAUUGACAGACGAUCUGGUAAGGAAAUUGAGAAGGAGCCCAAGUUUUUGAAGAAUGGUGAUGCUGGUAUCAUUAAGAUGAUUCCCACCAAGCCCAUGGUUGUUGAGACUUUCUCUGAAUAUCCUCCUCUUGGUCGUUUCGCUGUGAGAGACAUGAGACAAACUGUUGCUGUUGGAGUCAUCAAGGGUGUUGAGAAGAAGGACCCAACUGGAGCCAAGGUCACCAAAGCUGCUGCCAAGAAGAAAUGAUUUCACACCAUGGUUGCUGCAUAUGUUGUUCUUUUUCAGAGUCUUAGUUCUUUAUAUCGCCAGUUUUAUCUUCAAAGUUUUUGCCGGUUUAAUCAUGCUAAACUUACAGACCUGGGUACUUGAUCCGAUGGUCAAUUUCAUUUCUGUUUGUUUUAGAUGGUAUAGUUUUUGGUUUUAAUUCAGUGUCUUAAGAACUCCAUUUUCAUUGGCAGCUUUAAGGUUUAUAUCUUAAUUUUGCUGCUGAAGGAUUGCAUUUAAAUUAAAUUAUAAGUCAUUUUGGUCCA